AGGAGGCGAGGAACGCCCCGUUGUUUGGGAGGGAACGCGGCGUCAGGAAUAGCUUCACCAUGAGAAAUCUGAAGUUACUUCAGACCCUGGAGUUCAGGGAUAUUCAGGCUCCAGGGACACCUCAGUGCUUCUCUUUCCGAACUGAGCGGAGCACAGUGCUCAUUGGCUCAGAACAUGGACUGAUAGAAGUGGACCCUGUCACAAGAGAAGUGAGAAAUGAAAUUUCUUUAGUGGCAGAAGGCUUUCUCCCAGAGGAUGGAAGUGGCCGCAUUGUUGGUAUUCAGGACUUGCUGGAUCAGGAGUCUGUGUGCAUGGCCACGACUUCUGGAGAUGUCAUACUGUGCAAUCUCAGCACACUCCAGCUGGAAUGUGUAGGGAGUGUAGCCAGUGGUAUUGCAGUCAUGAGUUGGAGUCCUGACCAAGAGCUGGUGCUUCUUGCUACAGGUCAACAGACUCUGAUUAUGAUGACAAAAGACUUUGAACCGAUCAUGGAACAUCAGAUCCACCAGGAUGAUUUUGGUGAAAACAAGUUUAUCACAGUUGGAUGGGGCAGGAAGGAGACCCAGUUCCACGGAUCAGAAGGCAGGCAAGCGGCCUUUCAGGUGCAAAUGAUUGAGUCUGCUUUGCCCUGGGAUGACCAAAGACCACAAAUCACCUGGCGUCGUGGUGAUGAGUUUUUUGCCGUGAGUGUUGUUUGCCCAGAGACAGGGGCUCGGAAGGUUCGAGUGUGGAACCGUGAGUUUGCUUUACAGUCAACCAGUGAGCCUGUGGCAGGACUGGGCCCAGCUCUGGCCUGGAAGCCCUCAGGCAGUUUGAUUGCAUCCACACAAGAUAAACCCAACCAGCAAGACGUGGUGUUUUUUGAGAAAAAUGGACUUCUCCAUGGACAGUUUAUGCUUCCUUUCCUCAAAGAUGAGGUGAAGGUCAAUGACCUGCUCUGGAAUGCAGAUUCCACUGUGCUUGCAGUUUGGUCGGAAGACCUUCAGAGGGAAGAAAAUUCCACUCUAAAAACCUAUGUUCAGCUCUGGACUGUGGGGAACUACCACUGGUAUCUCAAGCAAAGUCUGAUCUUCAGCGCCUGUGGGAAGAGCAAGAUUGUGUCUCUGAUGUGGGACCCGGUGACCCCGUACCGGCUGCAUGUUCUCUGUCAGGGCUGGCACUACCUCUGCUAUGACUGGUGCUGGACGACCGACCGGAGCUCGGGGGAUUAUUCAAGUGACAUGGCAAACGUGGCUGUCAUCGAUGGAAACAGGGUAUUGGUGACAGUCUUCCGGCAGAGUGUAGUCCCACCUCCCAUGUACACCCAUCGAAUGCUGCUCCCAGAGCCUGUGAAUCAAGUCAUGUUCUCUGCGUGCCCUGAAAGGAGUAACGACCUCGCUAUCCUCGAUGCCAGCAACCAGAUUUCUGUCUAUAAAUAUGGUGAUAGUUCAAGUGUGGAUUCCACGGUGAAACUGGGAGCUGUGGGUGGAAGUGGAUUUAAAGUUUCCUUUGAGACACCUCAUCUGGAAAAGAGAUACAAAAUUCAGUUUGAGAAUAGUGAAGAUCAAGAAGUAAAUCCACUGAAGCUCAGCUUUCUCACCUGGAUCCAAGAAGACGUCUUCCUGGCCGUACGCCACAGUCAGUCCAGCCCACAGUCCGUCAUUCACCGUCUCACCGUGGCCUCUUCCGAGACAGAUGACCAGCAAGGACAGCUCACUAUUAGUUCAUCUGUGACAGUGGAUGGGGUCAUAGUCAGCCUAUGUUGCAAUUCCAAGACCAAGACAGUAGCAUUGCAGCUAGCUGGUGGCCAGAUACUGAAGUACCUUUGGGAAUCACCUUCUCCAUUUGUUGAACCCUGGAAGAACCCGGGUGGAUUUCCUGUUCAAAUUCCUUAUGAAUGCACACAGAUUGAAUUGGCCGUGAUUGGAGGGAAGGAAUAUGUCCUUGGUCUGACUAACAGGUGUCGCUUUUUCAUCAAUGACAAUGAGGUUGCUUCCAAUAUCACAUCAUUUGCAGUAUAUGAUGAGUUUUUGUUGUUAACAACUCAUUCUCACACCUGCCAGUGUUUUUGUCUGAGUGAUGCUUCAUUAAAAACAUUACAGGCAGGUCUGAGCAGCAGUCACGCGUCUAAUGGGGAAACGCUGCGGAUGGUGGAGCGGGGUUCACGCAUUGUCACUGUUGUGCCCCAGGACACAAAGCUGAUACUACAGAUGCCAAGGGGAAACUUAGAAGUUGUUCAUCAUCGAGCCCUGGUUUUAGCUCAGAUUCGGAAGUGGUUGGACAAGCUUAUGUUUAAAGAAGCAUUUGAAUGCAUGAGAAAACUGAGAAUUAAUCUCAAUCUGAUUUAUGAUCAUAACCCUAAGGUGUUUCUUGAAAAUGUGGAGUCCUUCAUAAAACAGAUAGAUUCUGUAAAUCAUAUUAAUUUGUUUUUCACAGAAUUGAAGGAAGAAGAUGUCACAACUACCAUGUACCCUCCACCAGUUCCCGACACUGUCCCACAGUCCAGGGGACUCGAGGGGAGUAAAGUAGACCUUAUCUGCGAUGCCAUGCGAGCUGCCAUGGAGAGCAUAGACCCUGACAAGUACUGCCUGUCCAUCCUCACCUCUCAUGUGAAGAAAACAACCCCAGAACUGGAAGUUGUGCUGCAGAAGGUACACGAGCUUCAAGGAAGCACUACCCCUGUUUCUGAUGGUGUGAGUGCUGAAGAGGCCCUGAAGUAUUUGCUGCUGCUGGUAGAUGUGAAUGAAUUAUAUGAUCAUUCUCUUGGGACCUAUGACUUUGAUUUGGUCCUCAUGGUAGCUGAGAAGUCACAGAAGGAUCCAAAAGAAUAUCUCCCAUUUCUUAAUACACUUAAGAAAAUGGAAACUAAUUAUCAGCGGUUCACUAUAGACAAAUACCUGAAACGGUAUGAAAAAGCCAUUGGCCACCUCAGCAAAUGUGGACCCGAGCACUUCCCAGAAUGCUUAAACUUAAUAAAGGAUAAGAACCUGUAUAAUGAGGCUCUGAAGUUAUAUCCACCAGACUCGCAGCAGCACAAGGAUAUCAGCAUUGCUUACGGGGAACACCUGACGCAGGAGCACCUCUAUGAGCCAGGGGGGCUGGUGUUUGCCCGCUGUGGUGCCCACCAAAAAGCUCUUGAUGCCUUUGUGGCUGCUGGCAGCUGGCAGCAGGCUCUCUGUGUGGCGGCCCAGCUUCAGCUGAGCAAAGAGCAGCUGGCUGGCCUCGGCAGAGCUCUGGCAGGAAAGCUAGUUGAGCAGAGUAAGCACAGUGAGGCCGCCACAGUUUUGGAACAGUACGCCCAGGAUUAUGAAGAAGCUGUGCUCUUGCUGUUAGAAGGAGCCGCCUGGGAAGAUGCUCUGAGACUGGUUUACAAAUAUAACAGGCUGGAUAUUAUAGAAACCAACGUAAAGCCUUCCAUUUUAGAAGCCCAGAAAAACUAUAUGGCAUUUCUAGACUCUCAGACAACCACUUUCAGUCACCAUAAAAAACGUUUACUGGUGGUUCGAGAGCUCAAGGAGCAAGCUCAACGUGUCUAUCUGGAUGAUGAGGCGUCCCGCGGUCAACAGUCUGACCUCUUCUCUGAAACUAGCAGUGUCAUGAACGGCAGUGACAUGAGUGGCAGAUAUUCCCAUAGCAACUCCAGGAUAUCAGCGCGAUCAUCUAAGAAUCGCCGUAAGGCAGAGCGGAAGAAGCACAGCCUCAAAGAAGGGAACCCCCUGGAGGAGCUGGCCCUUUUGGAGGCUUUGAAUGAAGUGGUGCAGGGCACUGAGAAAUUGAAAGAUGAAAUACACUGCAUUUUAAAGGUGCUCUUUCUCUUCGAGUUCGAUGAGCAAGGAAGAGAAUUGCAGAAGGCCUUCGAAGAUACCCUGAAGCUAAUGGAGAAGUCCCUUCCAGAAAUUUGGACUCUCAGCCACCAGCACUCAGUUACGCCUGUUCUGGGUCCCAAUUCUACUUCCAACAGUAUCAUGGCUUCUUAUCAACAACAGAAGACUUCAGCUCCUGUUCUUGAUGCUGAGUUUUUGAUACCACCGAUGAUCAACAAAAGAACCCAGUGGAAACUGAGCCUGUUGGAGUGACGGCUCCUCGUUGGGAGGGCUCGGCAGAGAAGACGUUUUCUUUCCACCCUCAGUCCUCCAGGCCUGGCUGCCGAGAACCAGGGAAAGGGAAGACUAUGAUCUACCUUCGCAUUGCCGAGAGCUGCUCCGUGCAGCAGACCUCUGCACACACCACGCAAUUCUAUUUUCUUUUAUUUUGCAUAGAGUUUUAAUUCACUAAACUUUAAUCUUUAGUCAACAUAGCAUCAUUUUGUCAGGUUUAGUAUUCUUUUAUUUAGUGUUUUUUGAGAGCAUAUUUCUGGUAUUUAUGAUAAAACAGGAGCUGGGGUUUCAUGCCCAGUUGCAGGUCUAAGUCAUAUUGGGACCUUAGACAAGUCACAUAAUUAAUUUGUGCCUCAGUUCAUUGAGAAUAAUGUUUCAUGGUUUCUACCUCAAACAUGUGAAGAAAUGUUUUUAAAUUGCUUUAUGUUCCUGGAAGAGAGCAUUGCAUAUCAACAACAUGGCUGUUAGUGCUACCAACAGUUAGUCACAUUUCGUCACUUCAAUGGCUUUUUCACCUUGAACUAAAGCAGAAUGAAAAGCUAGCUGUAUCCUUUGAAAUACAAAGCUUUUCCCUGCUAACAGCUGUUAUUUUGCAGUAUCUUACCUGAUUAUGUGCUCCCAGUUAUAACUGGGGUAAGCCUUCCAUCACUACAGUGUCCACAAGGACUGUUUUCACUGCCUGUGAGUUUUCUGCUAGAGACUUAGCAGAACAGAGUAGAAUUUCUGAAACACAUCAUGCAAUUUGUUAUGGUGAGCAGUGUUCGUCAGAUGGCAUGCACGGUUGUGAGUUACUCCUUUUUCUCCAAAUACUGCAUCUUUUAACAAAAUGUUUUUGUCAGUGUCUAGACCAUUUCAUUUCUUUUUUCUGUAUGGUACCUAACUGACCUCUAUCUAUUAGUUAUUUUCUUUGAAAGAAAUGAGAAUAUUUUCUCUUUUUGGUCAGUCUAGAAAAAGCUCAUGUCAUGUUGAUGCUAGUUUUGGGGCUCUUAGGUAAGAUUAAAAAUUUCUUCCAUGCCUUUAGUGCCAGACCCAGAUCUUCAUCACUAUACAUAAACUAACUGGAAAUGCUGCUUUUGAUUGAGUAUAGGUAUAUCCAGAAUUAUAAUUUCAGACUUUUCUUAAUAUAGCAAAAUGUUAGCUGUAGAAUCUAGGUGUGUUCCCUGUGUAAUUCAACUUUUCUGUUUGUCUGAAUAUUUUCACAAAAUAAAACAAAAAAGAAGAGAUAAAGAUAUGUAUAUCCUGCUUAGGAGAAAUUGGCUUUUUGGUGCAUACCCAUAUGGAUUUGCUGUAAUUAAGUUCCCAACACUGAAAGGCUAAAAGUGCUUUGUGUCUCCCCUUUGGCAUGGAUAGAUGAGCAUGAUAACUGCUAUGACAUUUUAAUAAGUUUCAGUGCUCUUGGUGUGGGUAAUAGUAAAGAGACUUGCUGAUGGAUUGGAAAUACAAGUAAAUGUGUCUUGAUAAUGGUG